GUCCCACUUCGGAACCCAUCUUCAUAAAGGCUUUCUAGAGAGAAAGAGAGAGAGAGGUUUCUUCUUCGCUGCUGCGGACGGUUUCUUUUCCUUUCAAGAAUAAAAAAAAAAAGGCUUUCUGCAGUAGCGUUCAAGUUUUUCUCAAUCCAAAGUUUGAAUUUAAAAAAGAAAAGAAAGAAAUGGCUCGCUCUUUCUCAAACGCUAAGCUUUUCUCUACUUUCGUUGCUGAUGGAAUCUCUAGCGCUAUCUCCAGACGAGGAUAUGCGGCGGCAUCACAAGGAGUUGUAUCCGGUGGAACAGCAAGGAAGGCGGCGGUGGUGAAGAAAACAGGGGAAGAGAUGGCAGGAGCUAAAGAGAAGGUUUCAUGGGUUCCUGACCCAGUUACUGGAUUCUAUAGACCUGAGAACACCGCCAAGGAGAUCGACGUGGCCGAGCUCAGAGCCAUGCUCUUGAAGAAAAACUAAAAUAGUAGUAUUACUAGAAGGCUAACCCGCUAAAAAUUCAAUGGAUUGAUGAAGAGGUUAGUUCCAAAAUGUUAUCUGCCGCUGGGGCUAUCGGUGAAGAUUUUUUUUUUCUUUGAUGGAAAGAAAAAAUCUGUUGUUCCUCGCUCCUCUGUCCUUCGCAUACGAAAUAGAUUUGAUGGUGUAAUAUUGUUUCUUGAUUGCUCUAGUAGGAAUCAAGAAUUUGCUAGUAAUAAACAGUAGAAGUAUCAUUUUAUAGUAA